CAUCUUCUUCCUCUUCAGCCCAUUCUCUUCUCCAUAGCAUAGCCAUUGAAGAUGGAUUGCUUUGGAGCCAAGUACGAGUGUCUGUUUUUCGAUAUGGAUGAUACACUGUACCCUCUCAGCACCGGAAUCAACUUGGCUUGCCGGAACAACAUCCAAGAGUUCAUGCUGAAUCGCCUGGGAAUCGAGGAAACCCUAGUUCCCAAGAUGUGUCUGGACCUGUACAAGGAAUACGGAACCACCAUGGCUGGUCUCAAGGUUAUGGGAUAUGAAUUUGACAACGACGAGUUCCAUGCGUAUGUCCAUGGAAAACUACCGUACGAGAAACUAAAACCCGACCCAGUUCUCAGGAACCUCCUCCUCUCCAUGCCACAGCACAAAAUCAUCUUCACUAACGCAGAUAUGGUGCAUGCGGCUCGAGUGCUCAGCAGGCUUGGUCUCGAGGACUGCUUUGAAGGGGUCAUAUGCUUCGAAACCCUUAACCCUCCAAUCGAAUCAGAGGCUCCCAUCCUCUGCAAACCCGACGUGAAAGCCUUCGAAGCUGCCAUUCGUCUUGCUGGCGUAGACCCCAAGAAGACGAUGUUCUUGGACGACAGCACGCGUAACAUAGCGAGCGCAAAAGCGGCAGGGCUGACCACGGUUCUUGUGGGUGGCUCGGUGGCUAAUAUUCCAGAAGCAGACUACGUAUUAAGCAGCAUCCACAACAUAAAGGAGGCCGUACCUGAUAUCUGGGAAGGCAAAGACGAGCAGCCCGAGCAAGUUGUGCAGCCAAACGCGGUUGCAACCAUGGUUCUUGCCUAAGAUAUGGUGGAAAAAGAGGUUUAUGUAUGUAUGUAUGCAUGUAUGCAUGUAUGUAUGUAUGUAUGUAUAUUCUCUUGCCGAAUUCCUCAAACACAGAUAUUAUACAUGUGUCAUGCUUUAAAUAAAGAAGGGUUGCCAAAAGAGAAACACAGAGGUCAAACGUGAACAUCACUAUACAAUUUGCUCA